AUGUUUGAAUACUUGGGCAGAAUGGUUGGUCGAAGUUAUGAAGAAACUUUUCAAUCACUGGCAAAAUGGCUUAAAAGCGCUGAGUCAAAUGCUCGCAUUGAAAUUUUGAAAACUUUGACCAAAAUGCUUCAUGGUCUAGGCUCUGGAACCUUUCCAAUUUUUAAAGAUAUUUACAAAUGUUUGGCCAAAGCUCUUUUUGAUAGGGUAAUGCCUGUGAGGGUGGCAGCUGCAAAUGUAAAUAUUUUUUGA